CGCGAGUCCGUUGAGCGAGACGGGUGUUUUUUCCAAAUUUUCCGUGCAAAAGGAUAAAAAUUGUGAAUUAAAAGAUUUGCAGGGCAAAUCUAAAUUAAAUUUAAAAAAAUACUGGUACCGCAUGUUUCAAACUACAGUCGAGUGAUUCAUUUAAUUAUUAAUUAAAAAGCAUUAUUACUUCGGCUAAUCAAUCAACACCGAAAAUUGAAAAGAAAAACAUGAAAUAUUGAAUUCGACGGGUCGAUAAAAAAAUUAACGUACACAAACACGAAUCACAGUGAAUUAUUCAUAAGUGCUUGACGAAUAAAUCUAAAAGUUUAGCACGGAGUUUUAGUGCCAUUUUGAAGGAAAAAUCAUGAGUACACCAACACAACCAACACCUCCAAACGGCCCACCGCCGGUGCCACCAACGAAACCCGUUCUCUCUUCACCUGGCAGCUACAUGGCAAACUUUUCCACAGCCACACCAACUGCCGGAAUUCACAACUCAAACAAACAACAUGAAAAGCCAGCGAUUGCAGCGAGACCAAUUCCACCGCCAACUUUACCAAAAUAUUCAUCGAGUUUCACAAAGGCUGAUGCUCCAUCAAUUCCUGGCGCAAAAAUUGAUAGACUCGAAAGAGAAAAGGAGGGUAUCGGCGGUUCUUAUCGCCUUACAAGUUUAGACCGUUUGGCCGCCCGUCAACGCAUUCUCGAACAAAAUAACGGUUUGGGCAGUGUCCAACUUGCGAGGGACCAACAAGAUAUUGUCGCCCAAAAGAAUGGCCAAAACGGGUAUCAUCGUGAGACAAAUGGUGGCGGUAUUCCUUCUAUUUCCUCUCCCAUUAUUUCUUCCACUACCAAUAGUAAUGGAACGACAAAUAACCAUAUCUCGGGUAACGGUGGCGGGAGUACGCUGUCAAGUGGGUUACAAUCUAAGCGUGAGAUGUUCUUCAAAAAUGAACAAAUUCAAAGUCCUGCAGGGCCUCCGCCAGUUCCACCAACUACAAAUAAUCACAAUACCCCUGCAAAUGCCCCUCAGUUGGUCCAAAUAAAAACGACAUCAUCAACAACAAUCACCGGAACAAACAAUACAUUUGUCACAAAUGAAAAAUAUCAGCCAUUAUCGUCCACGAAUAAUCAUCAUAAUAAUGCAAAUGAUACUAACAAGUCGGCAAUGUUGAAUAAUUUGAGCACUUUUAUUAAGCAGGAGGCGAAGGGUAACGGUCACCUCGAGAACGGACACGAUUCGAACAAAAUUGCAAGUGAGAGGCACGAAAAAGAGAAGUCCGUCGUUAAGGCAAAGCCCAAAGAACUCGAUGGGUACGUCGGUUUCGCAAACUUGCCUAAUCAGGUGUACCGAAAGGCAGUAAAGAAAGGAUUUGAAUUUACAUUGAUGGUUGUCGGUGAAUCGGGUCUCGGAAAAUCCACUCUCAUCAAUUCCAUGUUUUUGACGGACAUUUAUAACGCUGAUGUUCAUCCAGGUCCGUCAUUCCGUGUAAAGAAGACCGUCAAUGUGGAAUCAACAAAAGUGGUGCUCAAGGAAAAUGGCGUGAAUCUCACUCUAAAUGUAGUCGAUACUCCUGGAUUUGGCGAUGCAGUCGAUAACAGCAACUGUUGGGCUCCUAUCAUCGAUUUUAUUGAGUCCAAGUAUGAGGAAUAUUUAACGGCAGAAUCACGUGUUCACCGUAAAGCCAUGUCCGACAGUCGCGUUCAUUGUUGUUUGUACUUUAUUGCGCCAUCUGGUCAUGGACUAAAGCCAUUAGAUGUAGAAUUUAUGCAACGAGUCUGCGACAAAGUUAACAUUAUUCCUGUUAUAGCCAAAGCUGACACAAUGACACCGGAAGAGGUUCAAAUGUUUAAAAAACAGAUCUUAAACGAAAUUGCACAACACAAAAUAAAAAUUUAUGACUUCCCCGAGCCACUAGAAGAUGAAGAAGAGGCAAAGGUUAUGCGUCAACUUAGACAACGAGUUCCCUUCGCGGUCGUUGGAGCCAAUACUGUAAUCGAAGUAGAAGGUGGCAAAAAAGUUCGCGGUCGUCGCUAUCCGUGGGGCGUUGCUGAAGUGGAGAACUUGGAACAUUGCGAUUUUAUUGCUCUUCGUAACAUGGUCAUCCGCACGCACUUGCAGGAUCUAAAAGAAGUAACAAAUAACGUGCACUACGAAAAUUACAGAUGUCGCAAAUUGGCUGGACUCGGAGCCGAUGGCAAAGGAAAGACAUCAAACAAGAAUCCAUUGGCUCAAAUGGAAGAAGAAAAACGAGAGCACGAGGCAAAGAUGAAAAAAAUGGAAGCCGAAAUGGAGCAAGUGUUCGAGAUGAAAGUAAAAGAAAAGAAACAAAAGUUAAAGGAUUCCGAACUUGAGUUGACGCGACGUCAUGAGGAACGUAAAAAGGCCCUUGAAUUACAAAUUCGUGAGCUGGAAGAGCGCAAAAAAGCAUUCGAACAAGAGAGAAUUGAAUGGGAACAAGCUAACGGCGUUACUUUAGAUGAAUUGAGACGCAAGAGUUUAGAAGCAAACAGCAAAGAAACUGUGGAUGGUAAAGAAAAAAAAGAUAAGAAAAAGAAGGGUUUAUUUUAAUAAGCAAAUGAAAAACCUAUUCGACAAAGACGAUUUCCCUUCAAAUAUUUAACGCAAGUCAUUUAACUUCAAGUUUUUUUUAUAUAACAAGAUUAAUGUAAAGCAAAAUAAAUAUUAGAUAUAAAAAUUAUGAACUUACUAGAAAAUUAUAGUUACUAAAAAAAGAAUAAAAAGGAAAAAAUCAACUAGUGCAGCCGAAAUUAAAGAAUUGUAAUUUUAGUGUGUGCCAUUUUCUAGUGAAAAUCAAAUUGCAGUUUGGUUUUACAUAUUUUUUACACCAACUUAAUAGUAGCUAAACAUAAAUGCUCAAUGAAUUUUCUAUUGUAGGUCGAUAAGCAAACUAUUGAUAAACAUUUUAUUAAACAAAAAUCUAGAAUGGCUUUCGCAAACGACGAGUUAAGACAAAUCAGUAGAAAAUUAUUUAUUUUUCUGUUAGUCAAUGAUGCAUCUUAUAAAACUAUAAAGACACAAAAUAAAUAAAUACACCGAUAUUAUUAUGAAAAAAUAAGAUGGAAAAAUCCAUGGUAUUUUAAAACAAAUAGUUUUUC